AUAUUUAUAAGUUUAUACUUCCCUCAUUUUUCUGUCCAUACAUAAAUUCAUUCAUCGGGGCUGUGAAAGCGCACAUGUCGCUGCUGUUUCAUCAUGAAGUCUAAAGAGAAUAGUGCAUCGGCUUUUGUUACCAGGAAGUGGGUCGCGUUAUUUAUAUUUCACCACUUGCAAGACCGGCGUGAGGGCGCGCUGGUAAUACGAAACUUCUAAUAUCAUUCUGUUCUUUAUGCGAUUCCCCGGGAUUGAGGAGCUUGGCCUGAAGUGAUGUUUUGCCACUAAGGUUGUAUGUAAUCCAUGAUAAAUCAACGGAAAGACAUUGACAAAACGCAUAUUGCUGCUUCAAGAAGGACACAAUAUUUACGUGGCACUAUAUUUGUGGCUGACUAGCACGCUGACAGACACAGCGUGAACCGGAUAGACAAGUUAUUCACCUCGAUCGCCCUGUGCUCGCGCCAGGACACGGCUGCACGCCAGGUGGCGUUGUAAUGAAGAUCCAUGAAAAGAUUCUAACCCACUACCUGUCCUGCACUUCACCUGUAGAUAAAGAGGGAUACCUCUACAAAAAGAGAGAGAGGAACACCACUUACCUGCGCCGCUGGUUUGUGUUGAAGGGGAAUCUGCUAUUUUAUCAGGAGCGUCCAGGCGAUCGUAACCUGUUGGGUGUGAUUGUUCUGGAGGGCUGCUUGGUGCAGGCGUGUGAGACAGAUGGUCAAUUCUGUUUCUCUUUGGUGUUCACUGGACCAGGCCUCCGCACAUAUAGACUAGCCGCUGAUGACCAUCUCUGCCAGGAGAGCUGGAUCGGUGCACUGUUCUGCGCUAGUCACAUUUACCUUUCCAUGAUUGUCAGAACCCUGGAGAGACGCUACGAAGAAGCUAGAAGAGACAAAGGCCUUUGUGAUUCCAUCCAGACCUCUGCAGUGACCUCUACACCCAAUAAGAUAAUGGCUUCCUGGAUCACAGGACAACCCUAUUUCCUACAUGGGACUUCCAUAGUGCCUAGAGAUGGGCGAAGCUACAGCACCAGUUCUGUAACACUUCCAUCUAUGCCGAACAGACCCAUCAGCUAUAGUCUUCAUGCCCCUCCUAUUCAGUUCAAGACUACCAAUAAGCGAUCUCCAAAGCUCUGGCCCAAGAGAAAUGCCCAUGUUACACCCUUAAAUGGUCCGGCACCAUCUUUUGGGGAGUGGCCUGUUGUGGGCUUUGAUCCUUUGGAAGAGUUUAGUAAACUGCAUGAGUACUAUGGAAAUGAGAUUAAGCAACUAAGAGCUGAUUGGCUGAGGAAGAAGCCUGAGGAAGUGGGAUACGUUGAGGAAGACCUCAUUGACCUUGGCUAG